AUGAAUGCCACCUAUGGUGGUUUAUGGAUUGAUGUGGAACAAUGUACCAAUUGUUGGUAUAGUGACCUAAAUAUGAAUACAAAUUAUCUUUACAAUGCCUCAAAAGCAGCUCAAGAAUUUUUCAGUAAAGAAGGUAAAAAUCGUAAAGUUGGUAUCUACUCAUCAGUUUACGAAUGGAAAAUUACUGUUGAAACGAAUGAUCUAUCCAGAAAAUUAAAUUUACUAAAGGUGGCAUUACUUAAACUUCAACUUACUAUUGCAGAUAAGAGAUUUAGUGAUAAGGAAAUAUCAACUCUUUCAUUGGAAUUAGCUGCUGAAGUGGAAUUGGAAAUGAGGACAACAUUGGAUUUUGUAAUAUAUAUUCUAUCAAAUUGUAUCCAAAUAUUUUCACAUUUUUGUGAGGCUGGCAGUAUUGUUGGAAAUUCACAAGCAUCAACAAGUACCAAUAAUGCAACUAAUACUUCAUCAAACAACAAUUCGGAUACUCUUACUAUUAGUACAUCAAGAUUAACAAUAACAUCAUCAGAGGGUAUUAAAAAUUCUCCUAAUACUUGGUCACAAAAUAAUAAGAAUUAUAGAAAACAAAAAAUAUUGACCUAUAUUACAUCUAGAGAAGAUGUUGAUUUUAUGAAUAUUAUUAUUGAUAUGCUUACAACUUUUAGAGAUUCAAUUUCAAAACAAUAUGAUGGACAUUUCCAUAGUGAACAUUACUAUGAUAAUUGGAGUUUUUUAUUCAAUUUUCAAGAGGCAACAAUGCAAAUAGUUAGAUCUGUUGUAUGUACUGAUAAACUAAAGUAUGCUGGUCAACUUGCAGAGUAUCAAUUUAGAGAUUUAUUUCUGUCACGUGGUGGUUGUGACGUUCUUGUAAAAUAUCUUGGGUGGCCUAUUGAACACGUCUCUAUUCUUCAAGAUGUUGAAUGGUAUGAAAUUGAUAUAUUAUCUCUGGACAAUGACAGACUUAAUCAUUAUUUUCAAAUUCAAUAUUUAACUAUGAAAAUUAUUACAAAACUAAUCGAGUAUAAUUACUCUUAUUUAAGACUCUUUGGAAAACAAGGUUUUGCAAGAAUAAGAGAAACUGGGUUAUGGAUUUCAUUUUUCUUCACAUUAAACAAGGAUUAUGAUAAUCAAACUCAGACCCUUAGAAAUAAUCCAUUGCCUCAGUUGGGGUCAGUUGUUAGAUCUAGGAGUGGAUCUCUUGAUCUGGCAAACUUUAGAUUUCCUCCAACUCCAAUAUCCAAUUCGAGUGGUUUAGGCAUUAAAUCUUUCCCAUGUCCUGGUUUUAUCUCUAAAACUAUGAAUGAGAGAGUGAUGCAAUUUUUUGACUGUUUACGGAAAUUGGUCAAACUUUCAACAAUAAUUUCAUUCCCAAAAACUGUCCAUAGCUCAACACCAGGAACACCUUCCAAUAAUUUUGCAUUCCCUGAUACUACAUUCACAACGCAUCUCAACAACACAGAACAAGAUCAACAUUUACAAAGAAAACUAUCCAGGUUACUUUUUUCAUUUUUCAUAGAUGAAAAUGAAAAGGAUCAAAUGACGGACAAAUCACUCAGAAAGUUAAAAAUGAUUAGUGAUUUUCCACUUUACUUUAUGGAUAGUAUCAACAGAUUGGUUUCUGAAUCUCAGACAGCUCUCGAUGUUAUGGUUUCAAAUGGGUUAUAUGAUGUUUUAUUUUCUGAAUAUUUCUAUCUAUAUGGUGGAGCACUCAAUCAACUUAAUAGAUUUGAAAAAUAUUCCCAGACUGACCUUCAAAAAACAAGUGAGGAAGAAAAGUUUAUAUUUUCAAAAAGUGAAAUUUCUUCACUUGUAGAAUGUACAUCUGCUGUAUUGAGAUCUAGUGUUAUUGAUUUUUUGAAAUAUACAGCAACUAUUCGAGGAAGAAACAAUGUUGAAGAAUGCAGAAGGUUGAUAGAUAUUAUGCAAUUAUACAAGGAAAACUCCUUAGUAAUUUCAGAGGUUGGGUUAUGUCUGUUGGAUAUCAUUAGACAAAAUCAUGACAUUACACAAGAGAGCUUGUUUUCCAUCAAGGCCAUGUCUGUACUUUCUCAUGUCGUUGGAAAGCAACAUGCUAUCAUUAGAAAAUUUGAAACAGACAAUCAACAAUCCCAAUUUUACCAAGUUGAAUAUACCGAGGACCAUUUGAGAGCAAUCGAAGCCAGAAACAUCAUGCUUAAUAUUUUAGAUUUUACCUUAACUUUUGAAAACUCUUUAACUUUAGCAUUACAGAACCAUAAUACCCUAGAGACACUUUUCAAAGUUAUUCUAGAUCCAACAUUGAAGAAUUUUGUAUUGGUUCACGUACGUCAACUGAUGAACACAAAGAAUAUCGAACAUUCUCACGAGUUUGAAAUUUUACUUACCUAUUUUACUGAAGUUUUUCCAAUUAUUAUGGAUAAUCCAACCCAACAAAAUUUACAACUGCUAAUGGAAAUGUUAGCAGCUGUGCAGAAGGGUUUAUGUGCUUCAAACAAGAAAUUAUUACAAACACAAUUCAGGGACAAGCUUGACAAGUUUAUGCACUUGCUCAACUUGGACAUUCCAACAAUUAUUCCACCAAAUAAUACAGAAUUUAUCACAAGGCACUGUUUAGCUAUGGAGGUAAUAAGAACACUUACUACACUCAUUUCCGAUAACUCUAAAUCAAAGCACCACUUUAAAAGCAUUUUAGGCUAUGACACUUUCAAGAAUUUGAUUUUACAUUGUGAGCAAAAUAAUCCAUCACCAGAAAUUUUCAAUGUACUUUUUGACAUGUUGGCAGAUGGCGAAUUUGAUAGCGAGACAAAAUAUGCAAUUCAAAAUCCAGAUGUAGCCCGUUUAAUUUUCCAUCUAUCAAUGCACUGUGAACUGAGCUAUAUUUCUUCAUUGGUGGCCAAAUUUUCUUGUCUUGUUCAGAAAUCUACAAACAAUAGAAAUAUUUGUUGUUCUGUAGGGUUAAUUAGCUCUCUAUUAGACUUAUUGACAAGAUUUGAAAAGGAAUCAUUCUCUGAAGAAAAGACAGUGAGCGAUAUCGUAAAUCUUAUUGAAACUAUUGGAAGACAUUCAAUUACUGUCAAGGAAUUGAAAGGGUUCCUCGGUCUUAUUAAGAGACAAUCAGAUAGAGAUCAAUCAGACUUUCUGGCACUACUCUUGAAAGCCCUUAAAAAUAUGACUCAAAGCUCUCCUGAUGCCUUUUUCGAUUUCAAUGGCACCAACUCAGGACUUGUCUUACCAACUAUUGAUAACAGAGUAUGGCCUAACACUAAGGGAUAUUCUGUUUCUAUGUGGGUGAGAGUUGAAAGUUUUGUAGAGUCUAGACCAUCCGCUCCUAAUUCUAAUCCAAUGACUCCUAUUUCCUCUGUAAAGAGUUUAUCGUUCACUACAGAUCUACAAAGAAAGGAAUCCUUCCAAUUCAUUCCACGUUCAACUACAUACAAACCAAGAUUGAUCAGCUUCUAUAAUUCUGAAGGUCAAGGAUUUGAAGUAUAUUUUGAGGAAAAUUCUAUGAAUAUUGUUGUUCAACAUUCCCAAAAGAAGCAGUACAUCGAGAAGUUAAAUUACAAAUUCGAGGAAAAGGUGUGGUAUCAUAUUGUAUUAACUCACAGUUAUGGAAAAGGACCUUUUUCGUUCUCUAAGAAUGAGUUGAGACUGUAUAUUAAUGGCUUGUGUGUUGAGCCUAAAAUCCAACUCAAAUAUCCAAGUCUUCACAAGCCUUUGGAUAAAUGUAUGAUUGGUUCUAGCUAUCUGGUUAAUGAGAGCUUACAACAAGGAAGCACACCAACACAUAAGCGACAAGCAAGUAGCUCUAAUUCUGAAAAUCCAAACUUUAAUGGACAAAUGGGUACUAUUUGUGUAUUUGAUGAGACCUUACUUCCAAACAUUAUUCAAUUAAUUUAUAACUUGGGUUACAAUUAUAUGAAUUGCUUCCAACCUACAGAUUCUGUUCUAGCUAAACAAUCACAAGAAUACCUUCAAUUAUUUGAUGGAUCUAUUACACAAAAGAUCAUAUUGUGUUAUAGUCCAAAGGCCAGAGCAAACUAUAAUAAGAUAUGCCUUAACAAUACUCCUGAAGCAUUCUAUCAACUUCAAUUACAUAAUGGUUUGGUAUCAGGUGUUGAAAAUGUUCCACAAAUCAAGUCAGAUAUCCAUCAAGCCAUGCUCAACUCGAGAAUUUUGAAUGGUACUCAACUUUGUGUAACACACAAUGCAAAAGAUAUUAUUGGUUGUUUGGGAGGUAUCAAAGUCUUGUUCCCUCUAUUUUUACAAAUGGAUCGUCUUUCCCAUACAGAUCAAGUUAUUAGCGAAAAAGCCGACCCAUUCCUUGUUAAUACCUUAUUUUCAUUGAUAAUAGAUUUAUUGAGUGCUCACAAUGACAACUUGGAAGAUAUGGCACGUUGCAGAGGUUUUUUAGUUAUUAGUUUCUUGUUGAAACAAAUAUCUCCUCAACAUUUAACACGUAAUACUGUUGCAUUGAUACCUUCACUUCUCUCUUGUGCUAAAGAUCACUCAGUGUUGUAUUCUGAUAUUGUGAACUACCUUGUAUUUAAUUUUAGAUUGUGGAUUUAUACUGACGUUGAAGUUCAAAAACUAUUAUUCCAACAAUUAUUGGAUAUUUCUAAUGAAAAGAAGGAUAAUUUCACUAAAAUUAGGGAAAUUUUGGGUGUUCAAAAAUUGUUAGACCUUAUGAGAUGGUUUUAUUGGUAUGAAAGAGCCAAAUCUAAUUCUACAGAAAGUGAAUACCAGUUGGGAACAGAAAAAAUUUGUAAUCCAGCCACAGGAGCUGUUUUAGGUCAAAGACCAAGUCAAGAAAAUAUCUAUGAAAUCAGACAAAAGCUUACAAAACUUUUGAAAUGUCUGACAUCAAAAUCAGCAGAAAUUGUUAUUGUAAAUAAUGAUGAAAGACUAACAACCACAACAGGUACUGUACUCACUACAGCAACCUCUAUUUCAUAUCCAGAACUAGAAGCCAUCAUUAACUUAUUGGCUGAUUGUAAUGAUAAUAUGCAAUAUUCAGAUGUAGUUAUCUUUGUUUUGGAGCUUUUACUUUCUCCUGAUGGAGUUGUAAUUGCAGACAUGUUAGCGAAUAUGAAAGCCUACCAAGUUUUUGUUCAAUUACUCUAUACUCAUCACGAACCAACAAGACUCAACAUUCUGAAAUGCAUCGGCCAAAUGUUAAUACUCAAUCCAAAACUAAGACAAAGAGUUUUUGCAGAGACUUCUUAUGGUUUUUCUACUAUUACCAAUAUUCUUACCAUUUUCAAUAUUACCAUUCAGACCUACGGAGUUUUGAGGGAUAUUUUCCUUGGAUGUAUUUCUUUGAAUCAAAGGGAUAUCCUUGAAUUUGAUGGUUUUGAACAAACAGAACAAAGCUACAAAGUACAAGCAGUGCUCCAACCAAUAUUCAGAUUACUUGUUAAUACCCAACCAAAUGUCAAGCAUCAUAUUCUUCAAAAUUUUAAAAUUGUUCUCAAGUCUAAUAGAGCCAAGGACUGUUUGCUACAACAAGUCGGAUGGCAAGAGUGGUUGUUAAAUAUUAUUUGUGUUUCAGGUAUUUCUGAUGCCUCUAUUCCUUCUGAUGUUGGUCAGUCUGCUCAGUUUGAACUUUGCAAAGAUAUUGUUAUUGAACUUAUUGCUAUUUUGCUUUAUCACUCUUUAAAAACUGUCAAAAAGGGAUGGAGAGAUAUAGAAGAUACAAUUUGUCAAGUUAUUCUUUUGAAAGAUAGAGAGGAUAUUGAAGGUAUAGAAGAAAUAUUGGGAAGUAUUUAUAAGAGAAUUCUUGAUGAAUACAUUUCUGACAUUCAAGGAGAGAGAAUUAUUGCAAACUAUAAUGAUAGAAAUUCUCCAAUACUUGACAAUUUUGUUCACUUAGCUACAUUCAUUGAGGAAUAUAUGUUUUAUUUUGAUGCUAUUUAUCAAAGUGUCUCUGGUACAUGGAUGAGAAAGACAACAGAAUCUGGUACAGGAGUUCUUGGCACACUGAGGAGUAUUGUUGUGGGUGCUAACACAAAUCGAGCUCCACAAGAGCCUGGAAUUAUGCCAUUAUCACAAGCAGCUCAACAAAAUCAAGAAGAUUUCGUUGUAAUUGAUACUAGUUCUGUGUCUGUAGGUUCUCAUUCAGAAAUUAUUCCUUCAACUCCUGAAAGUAAGAGAGGUGAUCAGUUAUCAUCCAAUAGUCCAUCUACUGCUUCAAAUCCACUGACAUAUAAUGUUGAAGAUGAAAUCAAUACUAGAAGAGAUGAAAAUAAUAAUUGGAUUGAUCUUCCAAUAGCUGAAAAGCUUAUAACAAUACUCAGUGCUUGGAAACUCAAUACAGUAUCCAACUAUAGUUCUCUUAGAAGUGUUGUUCAAGGAGGAAAAAGAUUGAGAGAUGGAGGUACUCUUAGAAUAACGCUCAGACUCAUUAGAUAUUGUUUGAGAGAGUCUCCUUCAUUAGACUCAUCUCUUUUAGACUGUAUAAAGCGAAUCAACCAGAGAGAUGUGGAGAGUGAGAAGGAAAUUUUAAGAUUUUCUGAACUUUGGGCUGUUACUGGCGAUAUUGAGAAUAAUGAUGACUUCCAUACUCGUUUAAUGUUUAUUUUGGCCUUCUUGUUUGAUAUUUUAAGUAGACUUUUGGAAAAGAAACAAGAAAAGGAAGCUCUAUUUGUUUUUAUAACAAUAAGAGAAAUUUUCAUGACAAGAAAAGAGUAUUUGGAACAAGCGCUCACCACCGAUGAUGAUAAAUCUAUUUUGACUGAUGAUCCUGUAUUUUCCACAAAGAAGAAGGCUGAUUUAUCUGACUAUCUUCAAGUUAUUCAUUCAAAGAGCUGGAAAUUUGCUUGGACAAGAUUUUUCGUUCCAGCAGUGAGACUAACAGAGAAACUUGAAUCUGCAUUCCUGGAAGAAAUUAUUGUAAGAAGAAAAUUCACUCUACACAGGCUUUAUGAUCAAAUAAGGGAGGUAGAAUCAGCAAUGUCUGACUUGGAUAAGAAAAUGGAUUCAGAAAUCAGAUCUACUUUGGAAAAUAUAAGAAGAGCUGAAAGAGAGAGAAUCAAAAAAGAAAGAAGUUCCUAUGAGGAGUUUGACUUACUAGCCUCUCAUUAUUGGAAGCAAACCAUGAGAAAUGUGGCUGACGAAAGAGGUAUUUGGGGUGGUCAAAAAGAUUCAGUGAAAUGGAAAUUAGAUAAGUGCCAAAACAGUAAAUUUAUUAGAACAAGAUUGGUAAGAAAUUUCUCAGAAAUAGACCACAAGGAUGCUACCAUCAAAAAGACUGACAAAUCUGUAAUUGUUGAAAAUACUAUUACCAAUAGAUUAUUGGAAAUUAAGGAAAAAGGAAGUUUCUUUAUUCCAAAACUUUCAAUUAUUAACAAUGAAACUGAAGAUGCUUCUGAAGAUGGUACAAGUGAGAUUACUGCCGCCACUAUUUCAACACAACAACCAUCCACCACCAAUAUUUCUGAAGAUAUACAAAUCAACCAAAAACCAGUUGAAAGAGAAAAAACUAUUCUCAAAGAUGUUGAAUGUGACCUGAUAAGUCCAAUGGCUGGUUUCUCAGGAAAAAUGGAAAUUACAAGUAAGAGAAUAACCUGGACACCAGAUAAGGAAAAUCAUGCUUUGAAUUUUGGUCUUGAUAGUGAGAGAGUUUCCAAGUUGAUUAAAAAACCAACAGAAAAGACAUUCACACUUGACUCUAUUGUAGAAAUUAGAAUUAUGAGAUACAGACUGAGAAAAACAGCACUUGAAUUUAUUUUUGUUGAUGAAUCUUCCGUAUUGUAUAAUUUUAAUGUAAAUGAGAGAAACAAAAUAUUCAACAAGAUUAUUUCUCAAAAGUGUCCAAACUUGAGAAAUGUUGAAAAGUCCUUCUCUCCAAUGGAAAACAUACAAAGAUCUCCAUGGACUAAAAAGUGGCAGCUUGGAAAGAUAUCCAAUUUUGAUUAUUUGAUGAUUCUAAACAUGUACGCAGGAAGGACAUUCAAUGAUCUCUCACAAUAUCCUAUUUUCCCUUGGGUUAUUGCUGACUACACCAGUCCAGUACUUGAUUUUUCAAAGGAAUCUACCUUUAGAGACCUCUCAAAGCCAAUGGGUGUGCUCAACCCAGAUAAGGUCAGAAUUGUGGAAGAAAAGUACCAGACACUUGCCAGCGAUACUUACACAACUCCAUACCACUAUGGUUCUCACUACUCUACAUCAGCAUAUGUUACCUACUACUUAAUUCGUUUAGAACCUUACACAACACAUGCCAGAGUUGUUCAAGGUGGUAAAUUCGAUCAUGCCGAUAGAAUGUUUGAGUCAAUAACUCAAACAUUUGAUCACUGUUUGAAUGGUGAAGGAGAUCACAAAGAACUUAUACCAGAAUUUUUCUACAUGCCAGAAUUUUUAAGAAAACCUCAAGAUUUAGAACUUGGUGAAAAACAGAAUGGAGUCCAUAUUAGUGAUGUUGUUUUACCUGCAUGGGCAAAAACACCUGAGGAUUUCAUUAGAAUUCACAGAGAAGCCCUUGAAUCCGAAUAUGUUUCACAACAUUUAAAUGAAUGGAUUGACCUGAUUUUUGGUUAUAAACAAAGAGGUCCUGAAGCCAUAAAGGCAUAUAACGUUUUCCCAAAGCUUACCUAUGAAGGAAAUAUUUCAUUUGAUCCUCAAGAAUUUUAUCAAAAUAUGGCUACCAUUGAUAGUUUUGGUCAAACUCCAUCCCAAUUAUUCCAAUCAUCUCACCCAAAGAAGUCAAUAACCAGAAAAGACAAACACGAAACACUUCUCUCCUUAACUGUUCAAUGCUCAAAACAAAUCAAUACUUCCAAGGUUUCUCCAAUUGUUUUAAUCAAGUUAUUCCAUUCAGAGAAUAAUAUUACAAGAUUAUGUGUUGUGAAUGAGGAUGGUUUUAUCUAUACAACCAAAAUGACAAAUAUUACCCUACAAACCAUUCUCUCAGAGUAUACUUUAUUCAAUAAUUGCAAGACUAUUGGUUUCCCAUUGGAUGAUCCUGUUGGUUUACUUUCGUCCUCUACUGAAUCUAAUAAUUUUGUUCCAGUUAAUAGCAACAAUAGUACAAAGCAAAGAAGAUCACUUGCCUCACUUCCAAAACAAUUAUCAGGUAUCAGAAGUAAUGUAUCUGCCUGUAAGACUGCAUUUGCAAUUCCAAGUUCAACAAAUCCAAACUCGGUUAAAGAUAUCACACUCAUUUCAUGUAGACAUCAUGAUAACUCUUUCAGAAUUUCAAAACCAUACACACAACCACUCCAAACAAAGAUUACACUCUGUCAACAAAAUGCCAUUUGGAGACACAAGGAUUUGGUCACUUGUUGUUCAAUUUGUGAAGAGGAUAAAUAUUUAGUGACUGGAAGUAGAGAUACAACAGUAAUGGUUUGGGAUAUUUUGACCAAUGACUUUUUCACUUCUCAACAGCCAUCAACAAUUUUAUAUGGACACGAUGAUGAAGUUACUUGUGUGGUAGUUUGUAAUGACUUGGAUAAUGUUAUUAGUGGAAGCAGAGAUGGAACUAUCAUUAUUCACUCAUUAAGAAGAGGAAAAUACAUUAGAACAAUCAAGCAUCCAAAUGGAGGUUGUAUUAACUCUAUUGCAGUUGCAAGAGAGUGUAAGAUUAGCCAAGAUAUUGAGGUUCUUGGUAGAAUUUGUGUGUAUAGUAAUGAUGAUAUGAUUCUAUACUUGUACAGUGCUAAUGGUCAAUUAUUGGCCAAAGCUGAAACUAAUGGAGUUUUACAUUGUAUGAUGAUAUUUGAUUCAAAAUAUGUGAUUUAUGGAGGAGAUCACUCCAUAGUUGUUAGAGAUUUACAUUCACUCAAAGUAAUCCACAAAUUCACACUCAGUGAAUACAUGUCUCCAAUAAGAACUAUUGAAAUUUCCAAGGAUGAACAAUUGCUCUUUGCUGGUCUUGAUUCUGGUCAAUUAGUAGUGUUAGCAACUUCUCGUGUAGUAAAAUCAUCAUCCAAUUCUUCAUUAUCGAAUAAAAACAAUAGUAGUAGUGCCACUCCUGUUCCUCCCCAACAAUCUGCUUCACCAAGUGUAGCAUCUUCAUCAAUUCAAAAUACAGCAACACCAAAGAAUCACAAAGCAGAACAGUGGAGUUAUGCACAAGAAGGAAAACUAGAUCAAGUCAUCAAUAAUACCUUGUCAAACUAUUCACUGAGUACAAAUCAAGAUACUCUGUUAUCCUCAAACUCUUAUGCCUGUCAAGAAGACAAUGAAUCAAUUUAUUCUUUAAAUUUCUAUAGACAUUUGGAAGGAGAACCAACAGAGGAAACAACUUCGGAUUAUGUAAGAGGAGGAAGACUUAAAUUCGGAACUUAUAAACAAGAGGAAAUUGCAAUCACAACAGAAAUAGAUCCAAGUAGUGCACUGAAAAGAAAGAAGGAUGAUAAUAUUAAAUUACCUAUUGGAAUUAGCUCCACUCAAAAUAAGAAAAAGAAACAUAAAAAAUAA